ACUCAACUUAGCACCAAAUCAGACAAAAUUCAUCAACAGUGUAAGCGAAGAACACGCUUCGUCGCGUCACAAAUCUCAUUCUCGAAUCUUCAUUCUCAUUUCAUCCAUUCGCAUUUUAUCAAUUCGAAUCUCCUAUCGUUCUUCUUUUCCCCAUUUCAACGGAAAAAUUUUCCGUCGUCGUUUUACGAUUCUCUACCUAUACAUUGCCAUGAGAAGCGAAAGCUUCAACCACGUUCACUUUCAGGGUUUCGAGCACGGAUUGGGUUCUAUAAAUGGAUUUGUGUUGCUCCACACUACAAUGUAGCUACCGAUUCUAGUUUUUCAUAUGAAAUAGCGAUUAUACUUACAUCAUGGUUAGGUUUACACCUGGAUUCGUACUCCCUGUGCUCCUCCUAACAGCAUCUAUACUUAACUGGAGUUUGAUGUCUUUGGUUGAUUUAAUAGCAUUCCUUUUCAUUCAGUACACUGUUCCUAGAAAAGGAUCUCGUUGGCAUCAACAAUCUUUGAUAACAUGGUCUGUUCUCAUAUUAUCCUCUUUGACGCUGCUCUCACAUGCCAUAUUUCAUAUUGUUUUGGCCAUCGAGGGGGAUCAGUGGAGUACCGCCGAUGCUCAGUGGGCUCAGCUAAUUGGAUUUAUAAGAGUGCAGUCUUGGAGAACAUUGCCUAUAGAGUAUUUUUUGGUUAUGCAAGUACUAGCAACCUUUCUUUCUCUAAUUGAAAUAUAUGGAAAUGGACGUGGUCAAGAUGCAUGGGGAAAUUUUUAUUCAGGGUACCUAUGCUCUUCUGUUCCACUGAUAGGAUCUCAUCUCAAGAAAUUGUGCUGUUUUUUGUUGCCUGCUGUACAACUACUUGCUGGGAUUAGUCAUGCAUCUUGGGUUUCUUUACCUUUUUUCAUUUGCAGCAGUGCAGGGCUGGUUGUUUGGUCUUGGACAAGCAAUUAUAUAGGUAUCUUUCGGUGGUGGAGAUACCUUCUAUAUUAUGCUGGCUUCAAUAUAAUUUUGCUGUACAUAUACCAACUUCCUAUUGACUUCCCAGAGACCUUAAGGUCGUUGUUUUACCACUUUGGGCUAUUCAAACUUUCUACAAAGUCAGAAUGGUCAGAAAUUUGUUCUGUUCUUUCACUUCUACUUUUCUAUAUUAUGAUAUCUUGGAUCAAGAAUGAGCUAACUGAAAUGGAAGUCAUCACAUCAACACGAGAAGGUGAUUUGACCGAGGAACUUCUUCCCAAAAGACAUUCUCUAUUUGUUCAUGAAUUCAGGUUUGGUGUGAGGCAUAAAAGUUUCAUAUUGCAAGGAGCUAUUUCUCAAACAUUUAGUAUUAACUUUCUAACAUACGGCUUUCCGAUUUUUUUGCUGGUUCUAUCAUUGUGGAGUUUCCACUUUGCAAGUCUGAUCUCAUUUGGAUUGCUUGCUUAUGUGGGAUACAUCUUGUAUGCCUUCCCUUCCAUGUUUCGAUUGCAGCAACUGAAUGGCAUCCUUCUUGUUUUCAUUCUCCUUUGGGCAGCUAGCACGUAUAUCUUCAAUGUAGCACUCACUGUCUCCAAUUACAAACCAAGGAAGGAUAUGAAGAUAUGGGAAACUAUAGGCUUGUGGCAUUACCCUAUCCCGGCAUACUAUUUGCUUGCUCAAUUUGGUCUUGGUUUUCUUGUUACCCUGUGCAACCUUGUUAACAAUUCAGUGUUGUUGUGCAUUGCUGAUCAAGGACAAUUAACAGCUGAUGAAUCUGUUGUGGAAGAGGAAGAAGAGACUGCAGUAUUAGUUGUGGCUACAAUAGCAUGGGGACUGCACAAGUGCUCACAUGCUAUAAUAUUAACAUUGAUAUUUCUUCUUGCAAUAAGACCCGGUCUUAUUCAUGUUGUUUAUAUGAUUUUCUUUUUAAUUUAUCUUUUAAGCAAUGCAAUCAAUGGUAAAUUACGUCAAGCAGUUAUCCUUUUAUGUGAGGCACAGUUUGCACUUCAGUUCAUUCUUCAGCUUGAUUUGAUCUCCAAAACUUUGGACCAGAAGGGUUCCUAUGCUUUUCAAAUUCUCUCACGAUUUGGUCUGCUUAAUCAUAUCCAUUCAGUGGAUUUCUUCAAAAUAUCGAUUCUUGCUUGCUUCUGUGCAAUUCACAAUCACGGGCUUCAAACACUUCUUAUAUUUUCAGCUAUUGUGCGACACACAUCUUGCCCGCCAGUUGGGUUUGGCAUCUUAAGAGCUGGCUUGAUCAAACCUGUUUGCUUAUCGGGCUAUAGUCCACGAUCUAGUGAGAUCCAGGGAACUCAUGAGAGGAAGACAAUAGCAUAUUUGAAGGUUAUAAGACAGAAGUUCCUUUCUGUUUAUCAGUCAUGUGGUAAAUACAUUGCCUUCCUGACAAUUCUCCUCAGUGUAUACCUAUCCACACCCAACUAUGCUUCAUGUGGUUACUUAUUCUUUCUUCUAAUGUGGAUAAGUGGAAGACAACUUGCAGGGAAAACAAAAAAGCAUCUUUGGUAUCCUAUGAAAGUGUAUGCUAUAUUUGUGUUUUUAUCCAUUUACAGCAUUGAUGUCUUUUCUAGCUCAAAGAUGUCGUUUCCUGGUAUCAUAGAUCUCCAAACUGCAUUUGGCUAUAACCCAGAAGCUUCAACGUUGCAAAACAUUUGGCAAUCAUUGGCUGUAUUGGUAGUGAUGCAGCUAUACUGCUAUGAAAGGAGGCAGAGCAAAAGUUAUGGGUCUAGUAACUAUGAUUCACCUGAAAUAAAACCUUUUCCUUUUACCAGACGUCUGUUGAUCCGGCAUACUGAGACAAUAUUAUAUGCUGCCCUGUUUUAUGCGUCUUUAUCACCUAUAAGUGCAUUUGGUUUCCUGUAUCUUGUUGGUUUAAUUCACUGCUCAAGAUUACCAAAGUCUUCUCAGAUCACUGCAAAAGUGUUUCUAGUUUAUUCAGGACUUCUCAUAAUGGUUGAAUAUCUUUUCCAGAUGUGGGGAGAUCAGGCUGAGAUGUUUCCUGGUCAAGAUCACUUUCAGUUAUCCUUACUUAUGGGCUUACAGCUGUAUAAGCCUGGUUUUAAAGGUGUAGAGUCAGGGUUGAGGGGGAAGGUUGCAGUUAUUGUAGCAUGUAUACUCCAAUACAGUGUUUUUCGUUGGUUGGAAAAGAUGCAACAUGUGGACGGAAAUGGAGGAAGAUGGAAUGAGCAUUGUCCUCUAUUCAGUCCAGUUGAAGAUCCUGAUGAAACUACCUUCUGUACGCUGCUAAGCAAACAAGAGGAAAAUCCUACUUCAACAAUUAAAACAGGUACAAGAAGUCGUUCAUGGCCAACAACUAAUUCUGCAUCACCCCAAGGGACAGAUUCAGCGCAAAGAGACGGUGUAAAAAAACUAAAACUUUUACAUUUCUGGGAGAGUUUCAAGGAUAGCUCGAAGUGGAACAGAAAGAGGCUUCUUUUCUUGAGAAAAGAGAGGUUGGAAAUGCAGAAGACUGUUUUAAGAGUGUCUUUGAAGUUCUGGAUAGAGAACAUGUGCAAUUUAUUUGGUCUUGAAAUCAACAUAAUUGCUUUGCUUCUUGCUAGCUUUGCUGUGCUGAAUGCCAUCUCCUUGCUCUAUAUAGCAUCACUUGCUGCUUGUGUUCUUCUAAACCGGCUACUUAUUAAAAAAUUAUGGCCUGUUUUUGUUUUUCUAUUUGCUUCUAUCAUCACUAUUGAAUACUUAGCUAUCUGGAUGCAUCUUGCUUUUGCGCACGAACAAAUUGACGAACAAGUACCAUGCCGUGACUGUUGGAGAGUAUCAGAUAUAUAUUUUAGCUACUGCAAAAGGUGCUGGCUAGGAAUUGUUGUUGAUGAUCCCCGUAUGCUUAUUAGCUAUUAUGGGGUUUUCAUGUUUUCAUGUUUCAAAUUCCGUGCUGACCAGUCAUCUACUCUCACUGGAUUAGAGAUGUAUCAAAAAAUACUCUCUCAAUGGAAGUCUGCAUCUGUACUAAGUGAUCUUUCAUUUGAAACAAAAGGAUAUUGGACAUUUCUCGACCACUUGAGGCUGUAUGGUUACUGCCACUUGUUAGAUUUCGUUCUUUCAUUAAUUUUGAUUACAGGAACUCUUGAAUAUGACAUGCUGCACUUUGGCUAUCUUGGUUUUGCUCUAGUUUUCUUUCGAAUGAGGCUAAAAAUACUAAAGCAAGGAAAUAAUAUCUUUAGAUUCUUAAGGAUGUACAACUUUGUCGUUAUCGUCUUGUCUCUUGCAUAUCAAUCUCCUUUUGUUGGUGACUUUAGCGAGAUCAAAAGUGGUUCCAUAAAGCUCAUAAAUGAAAUGGUUGGAUUUCACAAAUAUGAUUAUGGAUUUCGAAUUACAUCAAGAUCAGCGUUUGUGGAAAUCAUCAUAUUCAUGUUAGUAUCACUACAGUCAUACAUGUUCUCAUUUCCAGAAUUUGUUUAUGUAUCAAAAUACCUUGAGAAAGAGCAGAUUGGUGCUAUACUGAGGCAACAAGAGAAGAAGGCUGCCUGGAAGACUGCUCAGUUACAGCACAUACGUAAAGCUGAAGAGCUGAAGCAUGUCCGAAGCUUGCAGGUUGAAAAGAUGAAAUCAGAGAUGCUAAACCUUCAAGACCAGCUUCAUAAUAUGAGCACUGAGGCAAACUGUAGUAAUGUUUCUCUCGAAAUUUAUGGCCUAAGAGAGAGAGGAAAUUCUUCCCAAGAUUUUCACAAGGGAAAUGAAUUCCAGAAACACGGUCUUGAUCUAAAUACUGAGUCAAUAGGCCCAAUUGAUGUGAAUCAAUCUCUAUUGAGUGAAAAAUCUCCAAGUCCAUUGGUACCAGAAUAUUGGAAGCACCCAAUGGAUUCUCCUCAUGGAAUUGUUGAGUUAAAGGAAAAAACUAAAACCAACGAUCUUUUGGACUUAGGAAUAAGGAACCGUUAUAAACUUCGAGUCAGGAAAAAUGCUUUAGUUUCUGCUGUACAUUUCAUAGGGAAUGGAGUAUCUCAGGUGCAGUCUCUUGGAAAUAUGGCAGUUAACAAUCUAAUGAACUAUCUGAAGAUAGAACGUAAAGAAUUAAAGUCAGCUGAAGAUUCAUCAGACGAUGAGGAGUACUAUGAGAUUGAGAAUCAGAAUACGAGUGCAGAACCUCUGGAGUCUACAUUUUCCAUACACUCUGUUAAUGAGCAUACUGUGCCUGAUACAGCCUGCCCUCAAAUUGGCAUUAUUUUCCGUUACAUGUGGUCCCAAAUGAGGUCGAAUAAUGAUGUUGUUUGCUAUUGCUGCUUUAUUCUAAUAUACCUAUGGUCUUUCAGUUUACUUUCUGUGGUCUACCUAGCAGCUCUCUUUUUAUAUGCUCUAUGUCAAAAUAUCGGUCCCAGUUACAUAUUUUGGGUUAUCAUGUUAAUUUACACCGAGAUAUGCAUCUUGCUUCAAUAUUUGUAUCAGAUCAUCAUUCAACACACCGAUUUUAAAUUCCACGUGAGCUUGCUUCAAGAGUUGGGAUUCCCUGCGAAAAAAAUAACAUCAUCUUUUGUUACAAACAACUUACCAUUUUUCCUAGUAUAUAUAUUCACUCUCUUGCAAACCUCCAUAACUGUGAAGGAUGGUGGUUGGAUAAUCGCUGCAGAUUCCAAUUUUUGUAAGAGAAGAAAUCAGAGCUUCAUAGAGGACGUAAAGUGCUCCACCUUCAAAGAGAGAUUACAAAGAUUAUUCUUACCACUGAAAAAUGUAUUGAAACGGUUGGUCAGAAGCCUCUGCAGGUACUGGAAAUCAUUAACUUGGGGUGCAGAAACUCCUCCCUACUUUGUGCAGCUGUCUAUGGAAGUUAACUCGUGGCCUCAAGAGGGAAUUCAGCCAAAGAGAAUUGAAUCAAAAAUAAACAAGUCCCUGAAGAUAUUGCACUAUAGAAGAUGCAAAGAGGAUAACCUUUUUAAUUUGCACUCAGCAAGUAGGGUUCGUGUACAGAGCAUCGAAAAAAGUGAAGAGAAUGAAAAUUUGUGUCUUAUUGUUUUUGAGGUGUUAUAUGCCUCCCCUUCAAUUGAAUUUACUGCUGAAGAAUGGUACAGCUCAUUAACUCCAGCAGAAGAUGUCUCCAAUGAGCUUCGUAAAGCUCAACACAUAGGUAUUUUCAAAGAAAUCGGGUUUCCAUAUCGAAUAAUUUCCAUCAUCGGUGGUGGGAAAAGGGAAAUUGAUCUGUACGCCUACAUCUUUGGAGCUGAUUUGGCUGUUUUCUUCUUAAUAGCCGUUUUUUAUGAAUCUGUUAUGAAAGCUAACAGUGAGUUUCUUGAAGUCUACCAGCUUGAAGAUCAGUUCCCAGAAGAUUUUGUAUCGGUUCUCAUGGUUGUCUUUUUCUUGAUCGUGCUUGAUCGAAUUAUAUACCUCUGUUCAUUUGCAACAGGAAAAGUUAUUUUCUAUUUAUUCAACCUUGUGCUCUUCACAUAUUCAGUCACAAAAUAUGCCUGGGACAUGGAUCCUUUGAACAGAUACUCGGGAAGAUUAGCAAUUCGUGCCAUUUAUUUUACAAAAGCAAUUUCUCUGGUUUUGCAAGCAAUGCAAAUUCAUUUUGGGAUUCCUCACAAGAGUACUUUGUAUAGGCAGUUUUUGACCAGUAGUGUUUCACGAGUUAAUGUUUUGGGAUUUCGACUAUAUCGAGCUCUACCUUUCCUGUAUGAAUUGAGAUGUGUGCUAGAUUGGUCUUGCACGACAACAUCUUUGACUAUGUAUGACUGGCUAAAGCUGGAAGAUAUUCACGCAAGCUUGUUUCUCGUCAAAUGCGAUGUGGUUUUGAAUAGAGCCAGCCGCCAACAAGGACAAAAGCAGACAAAAAUGACAAAGUUCUGCAGUGGGAUAUGUUUAUUCUUUGUUUUAAUGUGUGUUAUAUGGGCUCCAAUGCUGAUGUAUAGUAGUGGCAACCCAACAAACAUUGCAAACCCGAUCAAAGAUGCCAGUGCUCGAGUUGAUAUAAGGACAUUAAGUGGCAAGUUGACAUUGUUUGAGACUACUUUGUGCGAGAAGAUAUCUUGGGAAAAGCUUGAAGCACGCACAAGUUUGGAUCCCCAGGGUUAUCUUAGUGCAUACAAUGAGAAAGACAUCCAAUUAAUUUGCUGCCAAUCGGAUGCAAGUACAUUGUGGCUUGUCCCACCUGUUGUGCAGGCCAGAUUUAUGAAGUCCCUUAGGUGGAAUAUGGACAUUACUUUCUCCUGGGAAUUUACCAGAGAUAGGCCUAAAGGAAAGGAAGUAGUGAAAUAUGAAUUAACAAUACAGGAACAGGAUCUUCCCACAUCUUCAGAAGUGACUAAAGUCUUCAAUGGUACUUCCAAUAGUUUCUCAGUGUUCAAUAUUUAUCCUAGAUAUUUUCGGGUCACAGGCUCCGGAGAUGUGCGUUCUCUUGAACAGUCGGUGGAGCUGGUUAGUGGGGAUCUUGUCCUUAACCAUGGGAAUCCAGAGUGGUGGUCUUUCUAUGAUCUCGACAUCUCAGAUGAACAUGGAUGUGGGAAGUUCCCAGGACCGAUGGCUAUAAUUGUAUCAGAAGAAACCCCUCAGGGCAUUCUCGGCGAAACUCUUAGCAAGUUCAGCAUCUGGGGACUUUACAUCACAUUUGUGCUUGCAGUUGGACGUUUUAUCAGAUUACAAUGUUCUGAUUUACGAAUGAGAAUUCCUUUUGAGAACCUUCCUUCUUGUGACAGAUUGAUGGCAAUAUGUGAAGAUAUAUAUGCUGCAAGAGCAGAAGGAGAGCUUGAAGUGGAAGAGAUUCUGUAUUGGACGCUUGUUAAAAUCUACCGCUCUCCACACAUGUUGUUAGAGUAUACCCAGGCUGAAUAACUUCUCGGAGGAAUUAAAAGAUUUUCAGUCUCCUGCUGAAUCAACUUGCAGAGCAUUGAUUAUUGAGCAUGAUCUAAUUCUCAGAUGCAAUUGCCGAAGCAGGAAGGCAACAUUUAGAGGCUGCUUAACCAUAUUAAUCUUGGAUUAUAUCUUUUACUGUUUGGAGCCAGACACUCACAAACAAUCAGGAGUCACUUGGGGAUCAUACGUGGGCUAUACUGGAUGUGGUGGUUUACUGAUUAUGGGCUAUUGCAUGCUCUAAUCAAGAAUAGGUUGAUGUUGUAUAAGCACUUCAAGAGGUUAGAAUACUUAUGUGAAUCUAUACAUUCUAUAGGUGCAUGGGUUUACUUACUGCACUUAAGUUGAGCAUAGAUUUCGACAUUGACCAUGUUACUUUUUAGACUCGCUCACUCUAGAUCGGUGGUGGGUAGUAUCCAUUAUCGAAGUUUUGUGUACAUUAAUGAUUGUAGAGCCAUCUUUCAAUCCAGGCCAGAUUUUUCAGUAACGCUUAUUAAGCAACAAGUCAAUUAUGGUUGUUCA